UUUUCAAAAUCGCCUCAUAUAAGUUCUAAAUUUCGGAAUACGAUCGCAGUCGUACCUUGUACAUUUACAAGACAUAAAAGAAGGGGAAAGUCGAACUGAGUACUACAAAGUUGCCUAAAUGAGUGAUUAGGAAUCCUAUAUGAAAACAAUUUCUUUCAAUGUUCUACACUGUUCCAAUGUAGAGCAACUCAAAUCAAGUGUGGUAUGAAGUGUUGAGCUUGUUCGAAUUGAUUUUGAUAGAAAUAGAAAUUUUUCAAUAUUCAAUAAAGUUAGCCUACUAAAUCGGCAUGUUUUCGAAAAAAAUAGAUGUACGUUAGGUUUUUUAACCCUUAACUUCUAAGAAAACAUCACUACGAGACCCAGGGUAUUCGAUUACCUAUUUUCUUCGUAUUUGAGAUUUCCAUAGGUCAUCGUAUAAUAGUACCGACGCUUCUAAACCUGAUAUCACUUCUAAAAGACCAAAAAUUAUGAGCUCGCUUACCUCCCAUAUUAAAAAGGACGGUGUGAUCUAUGGUGGAGAUCAGAACUCUCUCGAAAGCACUCAAAACAAAUUUUCGCUCAGAUAUCUUCUACCAUUAUCUCUGCUUUUAUCAUGAAUAAGACGGUAGUUUGGUCAUAAGUUAGAAUAAUAUUUGUUUGUUUUUUAGUUUCAAUGUCCAUCCUAUUCAACUCAAAAACAUGAUUUAAUGGAAAUAGAAGAGCGUCGUCUCUUAGAAGAACAAAAAGCUCGAGUACAAAGCAAAGACAAAACUCAGCAAAGUGCAAACGCAAGUGCUGAAGUGAAAUGUCAUUUAAAAAACUUUAUCGCACGAAAAUGGGCAAAAGAAGGAAAAUUAGAAAGUCAAGAAUCACUGGAUAUGUUGAGAAGAUAUCAAUCAGAACCAGUACUAAAUCCUCGUCUCGAUGGUAUU